AAAGAAACAACUACGUUUAUCGUUGCAUUAUGGUUCUACUCUAAUACUACUUUCAAACUUGAAAUUGUAAACAUACUUGUAAACAUCGUAUUCUCGUUCUGUAUGACAAUAUAUAUAGCGAUCAUGUAUUUUUAAUUUGUAAAAGAUGGCUGAUGCACUUACGCAGGAGGAUGUGCUCUCUCAAAUCGAAUAUGCAUUUCCUAUUAUUAAAGAAGAGAUUCAAAACGAUUGCACGGAUGAACAAUUUGCUACCAUAAUUGAACAAAUAAGGAUAUGGAAGUUGACAAAUUUUGUUAAAGAUAUAGUCCUUCAUCACAUAGAAUAUUAUAUUCGUCAGAAAGUGGCACCAACAUUUUGGAAGAAAUUUGUAAAUAGUACGACUGAACAAGAAGGCUUUGAACUCUUCAAAAGCGCUGUGGAUGGUUUAUACAUUAGUUUAACUGAAUUUUUACCUCUCUUGAAAAAGUUGGAAUAUCUUGAACAAGAAGACGCUGAAAAAAUUGUACUUCAAACUGAUAAUGUGUUAUCAAGAUUUAAACUUAUUGUUAGAUCUACUUUAUUAAGUCAAUUACCAUUGGACCAUGAACAUAUAAUAGAGCAAUUUUAUAGAAUUGCAUUUAAUGUAUUUUGUAAUUCGGAUAAUAGUUCAUUGCAUGAUUCUAGUGGAAGUGAUGCGGCGCAAUGCGGAGGUUGUAAUCAAGAAAUAGAUAAAUGCCAAUGUCAGAUGAUAGUAUAUAUGUUUCACGAAACUAAUAGGAAAUUAAUUGAAUUAGAAUUAUUGGAGAGAUUAGUAGGCAAUGUACUUACAUCGUUAAUACACAUUCGUAUCAAAUGUCAUGUAAGUGAAACGUGUGACAGAGUAUUUGAUGUAUCACAACUUAAGCCAUUGGAAAAUUGGCUUGAAACUGUUGUUAUGAAUUGGUUGAUAAGGAUAUAUUCGGGAGGAUUUUCAAAAACUGUUUCUUUGAGCGAUGAUAUUCGUGAUGCUGUUAUUAAAUUCAAAAGAAAAUUGUCUCACUAUUUGUAUGAGACAUAUACAAGAAUUAGAAUCGAUCAGCUUUUUAAUAUCAUAAUAGAAUAUCCUGAUUCACAACCUGCAAUAGAUGAUCUUCGAAUUUGUUUGGACAGAACGGAUUUGCGCAAAGUUUUGGUGGAAACAUUACAGGAAGCACUUAAAACUAGACUUUUACAUCCAGGUGUCAAUACUCCAGAUAUAUUAACUGCAUAUAUUGCUGCUAUUAAAGCUUUGAGACAAUUGGAUCCAACAGGAGUGCUUCUUGAAACUGUGACAGAACCUAUUAAAGUUUAUUUAAGAAGUAGAGAAGAUACAGUAAGAUGUGUUGUUAGUGGUUUAUUGGACGAUUCACCUAGUGAUUUAGCCGAUGAAUUAGUGAAAGGGGAAUCCUUGCAAUUAGAUGAUGGUUCAGCUGAUGAAGAAAACGAAGAUUGGGAGAAAUGGGUUCCUGAUCCAGUGGAUGCUGAUCCUGGUAAAUUAUUUACUAUACAAAAAGAUAAUAGUAGAAUAUUUUGUACAACAUCUUUUUUACAUUUUCUUUUUUCAGCCAAAUCUACGCAACGAAGGAUGUCUGAUAUAAUUUCAAUGCUAGUUAACGUAUAUGGAAGUCAAGAUUUGUUUGUUAACGAAUAUCGUACAUUAUUGGCAGAUAGAUUAUUGUCUCAAUUAAAUUAUCAUACAGAACGAGAAAUUCGUCAUUUAGAAUUAUUGAAAAGAAGAUUUGGAGAAAAUCAAUUACAUUAUUGCGAAGUUAUGUUAAAAGACGUCUAUGAUUCGAAAAGGAUAGAUGGAAAUAUUCAAUCGGACACCAGUUAUAGCUUAGAAAAAGAACAUUUUCCAACAUCUGCCCUUAUACUGUCUGCACAAUUUUGGCCACCGUUUAAAGAGGAUUGGAAAUUGGAAUUACCCCAAAUUGUACAGGAUCAAUUGAAUAAAUAUGUGAAGGCGUUUGAAGCUUUAAAGGGAAAUAGAACUCUUUGUUGGAAACCACAUUUAGGAAAUGUCAAUCUUGAAAUUGAAUUGAAGGAUAGAAAAUUAGACAUAAAUGUAACCCCGAUACAUGCUACGAUUAUAUUACAUUUUCAGGAUAAAAAGGAAUGGAAUUUAGAAGAGUUAGCACAAGUAAUGCAUGCUCCGGCAACAGUACUUAGACGAAAAAUAACUUUUUGGGUUUCUCAAGGACUUUUAAAAGAGAUCUAUAAUGAUGUUUUCGUACUUCAAGAAGAAAGUUCAUCGAAAAAUAGAACUUUGUCGGAUAUCGUGGAAGAGGAAGAAGCUGAAAGUGCAAUGGCUUCUGCUAGUGAUCAAAGGGAAGAAGAGUUACAAGUUUUUUGGUCGUACAUUGUUGGAAUGUUAACUAAUUUAGAUUCUAUGCCAUUGGAAAGAAUUCAUCAGAUGUUAAAAAUGUUUGCAUCUCAAGGUCCAGGUGCUGUGGAAUGUGGAUUACCAGAACUAAGACAAUUCCUUGAUGGAAAAGUUAGAGAACAUCAAUUAUUAUUUUCUGGUGCUCUUUAUCGACUUCCUAAAUCGUGAUAAAAUUAAUAUAACUUAUAUCUCUAUAUAUUGUUCCGAUUGAGUUUAAUCAUAUGUUGUACAUCUGUUUUUUAUAUAUGCAUAUAUAUAUAUAUAUAUUUAAAUCAUUUAAAAUAAAAAAAAGAAAUCAUAUGAUUACUUUUAAUGCAAUUUGAAUAAAUUAUAUUUGUUUUUUGUUUACUUUUUGCGUGUACUAUGAUUUUAUCUAUUAAUUGCUUAUGAGAUCCAGCAGAGAGUUACACGUAAAACUAAAAUAAAAACAAGCAACACUGUGAUUUUUUGGAUUUAUUCAAUGAAUGUUAGUUAAACGCUCUAAUGCUAACAGUUGUGUAAUAAAAAUAUUUCUCUCGUGCGCAUUUCAAACACAGAAAGUAAGUGUUAGUGAUCUUCUACACUUAGUUUGCUAAAGUGUAGUGUAUGUACAUAGAUCGUAAAUUGCACCAUUAUGUGUGUUCAAAUUUUGACGUAUGUAUUUAUAUACGUUGCAUUUUCACAUUAUAAACAUUGCUACGAGAAUAAAAUAAUACUUUAAUAAUGAUGAAUAUUGUAUAUAUCAAAUUAGUCAUAUGAGAUAAAGUCAGUCAUGUUACUUGACUUUGUGAGCAACUUUUUAUAAUUAUUUUAUUAGCACAAACUCUCAUAUACAUAAUUGUUAUUUAAUUAUUGCCAAUAAUAUUUAUGAUAUUUCACAAUAUGAUUCUUUAUCAUUGAUCCUAAUAAAAAUUUAUUCGUGUGUCACCUUCUUUGAUAUUUAAUGUCAAAAUAAAUAUUUUAAUUAUCUAUUGCUGCUAUAGAGAACAGAGUUUUCUUUUCCUUCGUAAAAUAUUAGACUUUUUGGUAAAAAUAAAGCUACUUGUGAUGAAGUUUUCACAUAUAUUUAUCUAAAUUUGUAUUUAUAUAUAUCCUUUGAACACGAUUUUAGCACUUACAUUAUCUGUGUAAAUUCAAUAGCCAUUCUCGGUUUGAUGCU